AUGAGCGAUCUGUGGGACUAUGACGAUGAUGACGAUCAAGGCGACGGGGGAAGAUGGGAGGCCCCCCCGCAGGACGACGGUCCUACCACCCACAAGCGUAAAGCCGGCUGGAAGUCCACCAAGGCAAGCAAGCGCCGCGCAGCUCCACCAGCCACCUCCCUGGAGCUCAGGCCUGCCCCCAUGCCCACAACUAUUUUGCUGGACGAUAGCGGUGAAGACGAUGACCUUGUCCUGAUAACGUCACCAGAGGUCAACGCCAAUCACAGCGGCGCUGCAGGCGUCAGUGGGACCGCCGGUGCCGCCCGGAUUGCAGAACCCCCUGCUGUCAAACCAGGAGGCCAAACCAAGCCGGGAGUGGCAACUCUGAACCCCGCGACGCGAGAAUCGCUGGCAAGGGAGGAGGAGCUCCUCCGGGCACUGCAGCAAGUUACAGAACGAGAGGACCAGCAGGAUGACGACAUGGAGGCAUCUCCAAUCUCUCCCGUGUCGCACCUGGGCCUGUCUCGCCUCACAAGCCGACGGCCGAUGGCGGUAGACGUAUCUGGUGUUGGGGCUGCUAAACCGACCAGUGCACCGUAUCUGAGCGACGAUGAUGAUCUUGUCGUUGCUGCGGAUGUUCCGGUGCUGGGCAGCACUGCGGCCCAAAACGGCCUUGGGCAGGAGGACCCCACGGUAGCACAGGAUGAUAACGUUGCUAACGGCGCUGGCGCGAGGGUGCAGCUCAAGCUGGUUUGGGGCCGGGAUAAGGACGACAGCGUCAAAAUGCGAGUGGUCAAGACGGAUCCCUUCUCGAAGAUGAUAGAGAAAUUCAAGGCAUAUGCCAUGGAACGGUCCAUUUGCCGCGACCCAAACAAAAUCAAGUUUCUGUUCGACGGCGAUGACCUCGCAAAAAUGCCUACAGAAACGCCUGAGUCCAUGGACAUGGAAGAUGAUAUGACGAUCGAUGUGAAGCUUUGA